CUCUCUCCUCUUUCUCUUUGAGAAAUUCUUAAGCAUUCCCUAUCAUUUUUUUUAUAUUAUUAUUUAACAAAAAAGAAAAAGCGCCAAGGAAUUUGGAUCUAAUUCCCUUGUGAUAUUAUCUUAUUGAAAGGCCAUAAAGCAGUUACAGGCUCUCACCUUCCGAUUACGUAUUGUUUGGGGGGUUAAGGAUUGCAAUAGGGUAGUAAUGGAUCGGCUCAAAGCUCCUGCUCGCCUCAUGAUAGUUUCUGAUCUUGAUCAUACAAUGGUUGAUCAUCAUGAUCCGGAGAAUAUGUCCCUUCUUAGGUUCAAUGCAUUAUGGGAAGCACAUUACCGUCAUGAUUCUCUGCUGGUCUUUUCCACUGGAAGGUCCCCUACACUUUACAAGCAGCUGAGGAAAGAGAAGCCCAUGUUAACACCAGAUAUAACUAUAAUGUCUGUGGGAACUGAAAUCACAUAUGGUAAUAAGAUGGUUCCAGAUGAUGGUUGGGAUGAAGUUCUUAAUCAGAAAUGGGAUAGGAACAUAGUCACUGAGGAAACAAGCAAGUUUCCUGAACUUACUCUUCAGUCGGAAACAGAGCAACGGCCACACAAGGUCAGCUUUUAUGUUGAUAAAACUAAGGCUCAGAUAGUAACCAAGGUGCUUUCGGAGAGAUUCGCAAAACGAGGGUUGGAUGUUAAAAUAAUUUAUAGCGGAGGAAUGGAUUUGGAUAUACUUCCACAAGGUGCUGGCAAAGGACAGGCUCUUGCAUAUUUGCAUCAGAAGUUUAAGACUGAGGGAAAACUACCUAUCAAUACUCUUGUGUGUGGUGACUCUGGAAAUGAUGCUGAACUAUUCAGCAUUCCAGAUGUCCAUGGUGUUAUGGUCAGCAAUGCACAAGAAGAAUUAUUACAGUGGUAUGCAGAAAAUGCUAAAAGUAAUCCUAAAAUAAUUCAUGCAACUGAGAGGUGUGCAGCUGGGAUUAUACAAGCUAUUGGUCAUUUUAAUCUUGGCCCAAAUGCUUCUCCAAGGGAUACAAUAGACUUUUCAAACCAUGAGCUGGAAAUUGUUACUCCUGGCAAGGCAGUAGUAAAUUUUUUCUUGUUCCUUGAGAAGUGGAGGCGGGGAGAAGUUGAAAAUUGUGAGAUGUACAUGGCAGGCAUGAAAGCUGAUUGUGAUUCAUCCGGUGUCCUUGUCCAUCCCUCUGGUGUUGAACUAUCACUUCAUGAUGCUAUAAAUAGGAUCAGGAGUCACUAUGGUGACAAACAGGGAAAACCAUUUCGGAUUUGGGUUGAUAAGAUAUUAUCUACAAAGAUUGGUUCAGAUACUUGGUUAGCGAAGUUCAAUCUGUGGGAGUUAUCCGGUGAGGAGCAGCAAGGUUGUGUGAACACUGCCAUAAUGACUAUAAAGAAUGCCGAAGCAACUUAUAUGCACGUGCAUCAGACAUGGUUGGAAGGAUCAGGAGCUAAAGAUCAAUCAACCUGGCUCUUCUAGACUUCGGUUGCAGGACUGGCUGGGACUGGGACUGGGACAGCAGAUGCUCACAAGUUCCUCUGUUAAAAUAAAAAGUUAUUGAAUGAUGAUAUUCCAGUUCUGUAACUUUACAAUUGAUGUAUGAAAUCAACUUUGUGAAGAUGACACUUUUUAAAUGGUUAAAUGAAAUAGAAAUUUACCAAA